CGCAGAACUGUGGAGUUAGACCAGAGAAGAGUCUGAUGAGAUGAGCGACGGCCGGGUAUAUGAUUAGAGUUGUUUGCUUUUUGUUGUUCCAGAAGAUUAAAGCCACAGUUGUCUGGACUUGUACUUUAGCCAUCUCCCUGUUCGUAGAGUCCUGUCACACACACAAGCUGAACAUCCACUGGGGUCCACAGUCCAUGAUGUACUUGAAGGGCAAACAUGGCAGGAGGUUUGUGUCAGAGGAUGACAACAGUGUUUUGAAGCAGGGUCUGCAGGGCUGGUAUGCAGUGCUCAGAGGUACAGUAUGACUUAACUUCAUCUCAGUCUGUCAUUUCAGACUAACUGGCUUUUUCCCCCUUUAAGCCUCACACAGUUGUUUCACAAAGAAUCAACACUUGUUGACAUUCGUAAUCAAUUAAACUCUGCAGCUCUACUGGCUAUUUUUCAGCAUAUUUACUAUAAGGUUCAGUCUGAGUACUCUCUCCAGCAGCAGGCAGCUGUUUUUACUGCAGUUAAAGCCGCUUUACACGACCUGCUCAGCAGCUAACAGCAGACUAAAGAGACAGAUAUUUCCCUCAGGAGGUGGUGGAGACCAAAGCAGAGAAUCUUGGAAACAAACAUGACUCCAAAUGAACG